CGGCCACGACGGGUGCCACCCCCCCAAAAUUCCACCACUCUGGUUUGCAUAUUGGUGUUUCGGUCUUAUGAAGUUUCUGCCAUCUCCACCUGGCCCUGCUCCCACUUCACUGCGAAGUAGGGUUGAGGGGGCGGCUCAGCUAUCAGGCGCUUGUAGGACUAUCUUGGCAAGAAAGAACUGGACUCGACCAGGUUGGGAACAGUUGAGAGCUGGAAAGGGACGAAAGGGGGUUGCUUGCUUGGCAUCUUACACAAGAGCCUCCCGGUGGGAUAAAUAACACGACGAUGUCCUCGCUCUUUAUUGAUAUCUUUCCCCUCUUGGUUCUUCAUCCAACAUUGCAGGUCGCACACAUUCUUUGGUUCUUUCACCACUUCAUUCUUUUUCCAAACCGUCAACCGUCAGUUCUUCACUGUGUGAAGCUGGGACAUUCUUUUGCAAAAAAACUCUACAUCCAACGAAUUCAAGCUCAUUCAUUCUCUUCCCAACCCUUCCUCCUUUUUUCCAACAGGACCAUCCCAACAAACCCGACCUUUUCAAAAAUGUCUUCCGUCAAGUCCACCAUCGCCCUCGUUGGCGCCUUCGCCGCUAGCGCUCUCGCCCACGGCACCGUCACCGGUUUCAAGUUCGACGGCGCCUACGAGGCCGGCUACAAGCUCGACUACUACUACCUCAAGCAGAACGGCGGCACUCCCCCCUCCAUCUCUGCCUGGUCCGCCGAGAACCUCGACAACGGCUUCGUCGACGGCACCGGCUACGCCUCCGCCGACAUCAACUGCCACAAGAACGGUGCUCCUGGCGCCGUCGCCUCCACCGUCGCUGCCGGUGGCACCGUCGACUUCGAGUGGUCCGCCUGGCCCGAGUCUCACUUUGGUCCCGUCCUCACCUACGCCGCAAAGGUCGACGGUGACGACUGGGCCUCCGUCGACAAGACCACCCUCAAGUGGGUCAAGAUUGACGAGUCUGGCAUUGAUAUCGCCACCCAGGAGUGGGCUGCCACCAAGCUCAUUGCCAACAACAACACCUGGUCCACCACCAUCCCCUCCGACCUCGCCGCCGGCAACUACGUUCUCCGCCACGAGAUCAUUGCCAUGCACGGUGCUGGCUCCCUGAACGGCGCCCAGAACUACCCCCAGUGCGUCAACGUCAAGAUCACUGGCUCCGGCACCGCCAACCCCGAGGGAACCCUCGGCACUGAGCUGUACAAGAACACCGACGCCGGUAUCCAGUUCAACCCCUACGCCACCAUCUCCAGCUACACCAUCCCUGGCCCUGCCCUCUACGGCUCCGGCUCUGGCUCUGGUUCCGGCUCUGGAUCUGGCUCCGGCUCCAACAGCACCACCCCCGCCACUCCCUCUGCUCCCUCCACCACCGCUCCCUCUGCCACCCCCGCCGUCUCCGGCGCUGCUGACGAUGCCUGCGCCAAGAAGGCUCGCCGCCACGCUCGCUCUUUCCGCCUUCGCCACUAAGCGUUGGUAGAAAGCAGUGUGUGUGCAGAUGAAAAACCAGGAGGAAAGAAAAUACAAGGCCUUCUUCCACUUGGAAGGAGGUCUCUGAAUGAGCACAUUGAUUCGUUUCUCAAACAACCAUGUAAAUAGAUUUAUACCCGGUGUAUAUAUCGCUGCAAGCACAACACCCUUUUUUCAGUCGACCACCACCACAGGCGUCUAGCGCACCUUUUUUGCAGCUGGGCGUCUUUCAAGCUUUGCAAUGUAUAUCUGUUCAAACAACCUUGUCCGUGCCUGUCUCGUUCUGUGAAGUGACUGCCAGUCGUGAUGAAAAGUCUUGCUUGGCUUGGCUUACCUCUUUACCAACUCCUAGGCCUUUCAUGGAGCGAUGUUGAGACCACAAAGUGGUUUCCGUUGAAUACGGCGCCAGAAGACUCUAACUCAGCGCUCGUCACAGACUGAUGGUAUGCUGCAAAUGCCCGCUCGACUGUCGUCAGGGUUGGUUCCUUGAACUAUUGGCGAGUAUCUAUCUCUUCUGAGCGUGUUGCUGGUCCCCUGCCUCCGUGAAAGAGAUUUCAACGGACGACGGAUUCCGAUAGCAGACCGCUGUGCCGCAGAUAGUGUGAAUGUUUGUAACUAAUAGAUGAAAAUGUGGGGGUCCAGCGGAAGAGAUUUGAAAAGGGGGAGGGGACGCGAC